AUGAUCUUUGAUAAUCGGCUGAUCUUCCCGCGAGACUGUGAGCCUCAAAGAGUUCUUGAUUGCGGUCACGGCGCGGGGUCCUGGGCCAUUCAGGUGGCAGAAGAUUUUCCAGAAUGCGAGGUUAUCGGUGUUGAUAUAUCUCCUCAUAUGAUACCAGAUGACGAAGAUGACGAUUAUGAUGUGGCGGAAAACUUGGAGUUUCAGGUCGACGACUUGAACCGCCCCUUUACCUUUCCCCCUGGAUAUUUCGAUCUCGUCAAUUCGAGGAUGAUGGCAGCAGGUAUCGACGGAUCCCGAUGGUCGUCAUAUAUACAAGACAUCAAAAGAGUUUUGAAACCAGGCGGUUGGGUGCAGUUGGUUGAAAUUUACUUCAACGUCCAGUCGGAUAACGGUUCGCUCACGGAGAAUCACGCAUUGAGACAGUGGAGUACAAAGCUCAUGAGCUCAGUCGAAGGCGUCAAGGAUCUUCGUAUAGGCACCCGCCUGAGAGAUCUCCUGUUAGCAGCAGGGCUGAAGGAAGUUGAAUCAACAAUGAUACCUGUCCCCCUUUGCGAAUGGCCUAGCGGUGAGUUCUUCCAAGCCAGUAUUAGCAAAGCCAACCGCAAGAUCACCCGACGCCUGCUCGCCGCAGUAGCACUCUAUCCAUUGACCCAACGCCUGCAUAUGUCGCAUGACGAGUUCCAGCAGCUGAUCGACCAAGCACAAAAAGAAGCGGAAAACCCAAGCUUGAAAACAUAUUUCCCUUUACAAUGCCCAGUCAAGGGAACCUCUUCACUCAUUCUUCAUCCGCAACCAGCUUUCAUCCGACUAGCGGGUAGAGCUUCAGUACAUUGUCACGCAUAUUCCCAGGGAAUCUCAAUCCCAUUGGCCGUCUUUCUCUCGACGCCUGUUGGGACACCAGGGAGGUUUCCUGACGUUGGCAUUCAGCGUGGUCGAGUCCUGCCGCCCACCAAGGCUGUCCAAGUUAUAAACAGGCACAGGAUUGCCCGGGGGAUAAUUCCAGUGGUGCUGGAAGGAGCUAUGCAGACAGGGCAAGAAAACAUGCUCAUUGCAACUGACGAGAGUCAAUCGAAAAGCCGGCCAUUAGUACCAUUGCUGACGACCACCGAUGAGGGGAGUGAUGGCUCAGCCAUCAUUAAGAACCACCCCACCAAGAGGGAAGUGCCGGUGGUGAAUCGGGUGGCUCAAUUAGCUCAUCUCGGGAGGGGACACAAAGGGGUAAACCAGGAAGAAGAAGAAGAAGAAGAAGAAAACAAGAGUUACGGCGACAAGAAGAGAGGAGGCACAGCGUUUCGGGACGGAACCAGAGCCACGGGACCAGAAAAAGACCGCCCCAAGAUAAGCUCAGGCCCUGAUGCUCUGCUCGCAGCAACCCCCCCGUCUAAAACCACUACAGGAGCACAUGGGGCAAGACAAUGGUCUACGCCGUCAUUAGUACCAGCCCGUCCUCGAUCGAUCAAGCCCCGUCGCCCCAUCUACCGUGUUUCUUUGGGCAAGGACGCGAUGGAAGCCCUGACCUUCCCUACCAGCAGAAAGGGCUCUCUUGCUAGACAUUUAUUGGGGCAUAUACCGCGCUCUACUACUACAACUGAAUAG